AUGGCUUCUUAUUUGUUAAUUGUGCCUUUCCCACGGGAAUUAACGAUAGAGAAAAAGUUGAGUCGUAGUUGCGUGAUUUCUUGGUCAGUACCUGACGACUUGCUUACGCCAAUUUCUCAGUAUCACGUGUGCGUGGAAGGCAUUGUCCGGGCUGUAGUACCAGGAUCUUUUAAAUGUAAAGCACUUAUCGAAGAUGUUGACUUCUCACGUGCACUUAAUGUAUCUGUACGUGCUGUUACCGAAAGUGGUCACAGUCCCGAUGCUGCUUGCACUAUUUCUAUCGGAAAAGAUGCACCUGUAGCUCCACAGCACGUACGUGUUUGGUCUAUCACACCAAUUGCUGCUUGCGUUUCAUGGUAUCCAAGCGAUAGUAACGCGGAACACGUAAUUCUGCUUAACGCAGUAAAAGUAGGAAUGUGCCCUCCUUCUGUCUUUCAGGUACGAUUAAACGGUUUGUCACCUUCAACAAUCUACCGUGUUUCUGUACGCACUAAGCAUCCCAAAGCUGUGCUGGAACAACGUCCUGUAGAACGCUGUUACGAUUUUAAAACGCUGCCAAAAAUCGGUCUUCCUGAUGCACCUUCUAAUGUACAAGUUGAAAUGGGUCCACAGCCGGGAACUUUGUUAGUUUCUUGGACACCAGUGACCACUCAACCUUUGCCACCAUCUCGUGCCGCUGUACAUUCCUAUCUCAUUUACGCCGAUGGACGUAACAUUGCUCAAGUACCAAAUGUAAAUGGUAAAUAA